CGGGCCUCCGGCCUGUAUAUAGUUACGACUGCUGCAGAGUUAAUGGAGGUUAUAUUUACUAGGUCCUGCAAGUUAAAACAGGAAACCUGAGAUUGGUAUUCUGAAAUAUAGGAAAAGAGCAAGACAGGUAGCCAUGGGCAAGAAAGUUGCUGUGAUCGGAGCUGGAGCAAGUGGUCUGGUUGCUCUUAAGUGCUGUCUGGACGAGCAGUUGGAACCAACUUGUUUUGAGAGAUCUGAUGAUAUUGGUGGACUUUGGAGGUUCAAGGAAAAUCCUGAAGAUGGAAGAGCAAGCAUCUACAGGACUGUGAUUAUUAACACUUCUAAAGAGAUGAUGUGUUACAGUGAUUUUCCCAUUCCUGAGGAUUACCCAAAUUAUAUGCACAAUUCCAAGAUCUUCAAAUAUUUCAAACUGUAUGCUGAGCAUUUUCAGUUAACUAAAUAUAUUCAAUUCAAGACAACAGUUUGUAGCAUAAAGAAGUGUCCAGACUUUGCCAAAACUGGCCAGUGGGAAGUUGUCACAGAAAAAGAUGGAAAACAGGAGACCACCAUUUUCGAUGCUGUCCUGGUUUGCAGUGGACACCACACAGAUGCCCAUCUCCCUCUGGAUUCUUUUCCAGGUAUUGAGAAAUUUAAAGGACAGUACCUGCAUAGUCGUGAUUAUAAGGAAGCAGAAGCUUUUAAAGGAAAAAGAGUGAUUGUAGUUGGGAUUGGCAACUCAGGUGGGGACAUUGCGGUGGAGCUCAGCAGGACAGCUGAUCAGGUUUUCUUAAGCACCAGAAGAGGAUCCUGGAUUUUAAACCGUGUCUCUGACUAUGGUUACCCAUUAGACCUGCUAGGUCUGACACGCUUCCUAAACAGUAUCAAGAAUGUUAUCCCUGUUUCUUUGUUGAACAAGAUUGGGGAGGCCAAAGUGAAUAAGCGAUUUGAUCAUGAAAAUUAUGGCCUAAAACCUAAACAUAGAAUAUUUAGCCAGCACCCAAUGGUUAAUGAUGAUCUUCCAAACCGUAUCAUCGCAGGCACAGUGGCCAUAAAGUCUAAUGUGGCAAAAUUCACUGAAACAGAUGCCAUUUUCGAUGAUGGAACAGUAGAAAAAGACAUUGAUGCAGUUGUUUUUGCAACUGGUUAUUCCUUUAAUUUCCCUUUCUGUGAGCAUCUCAAAGUCCAAAACAACAAGAUCUCUUUGUAUAAAUAUGUUUUCUCGCCAGAGCUGGAAAAACAAACUCUGGCUGUCAUUGGCUUAAUACAGCCACUUGGAGCCAUUAUGCCAAUCUCAGAGCUUCAGGCACGGCUAGCCACCAGGGUUUUCAAAGGUGAUCAGUCGCUGCCUUCUGCAUGUGCCAUGAAAGAAGAUAUCCAGAAAAAGAAAGAAGAGAUGGAAAAUCGCUACGUGCACAGUCCACGUCACACCAUACAAGUGGAUUACAUGGACUACAUGGAUGAACUUGCAGAAUUGUUAGGCGUAAAACCAGACAUGACCAAACUCUUUCUCACUGACCCCAAGCUGGCUUGGAAUGUAUUAUUUGGACCAUGCACACCAUACCAAUACCGACUUUUUGGUCCUGGAAAAUGGGAUAAAGCAAGAAAGGCCAUCCUGACUCAGUGGGACCGGGCUUUGAAACCAAUGAAAACUCGGUGUACAGAACCUUCCAAUGGCAAUUCUGUUUUCAAUCUAAUGGUUUUAGGGAUAGUGGUAAUUUUGUUUGCAUGGUUUUUUUACUUCUAAAUGUCAAAUAAUAUCUAGUCUAGCUAUCUAACCCCAAUCACGACCAAAGGUUUUCCGAGAUUCCAACCAUUCGUGAUGAGGCCUUUUUGACACUUGUUUUUUGUUUUGUUUGUUUUUUACCAUAAUUCAACACCUUAAGUAGGUACAAUAUUUUGUACACUGAGUGAAUUAUGGUUUUAAAACUAAAUAUUGACAAGUCAGCCAUGCUGAGACUAUAAUUUUAAUAGCCAUCACAGAUUCUAAAAUUGCUACAGAAAUCUUUACACAUAUUUGAUGAAAGUAGACCAAUCGGAUUAUUUAAGUAUAAGUAUUUUAACAGUUGUCACUUAACCAUUGUAUCACCAAUUCAUUGGGCAGA